AUGAUGACUUGCGUCCCCCAAGUCUGGGUGCUAGCUCUCCUGUCACUGCGAGGGAUUUUUUCCCGGGUCCUAACCGAACACCUCAGCUUGGAGGAAGGCCAGAAUCUGGAUCUCCACUGCGUUAACAAUAGAGGCAACACCUCAGCUCUAGAAUGGAAGGAUCCCCGUGGUUUUGCGAUAUUUUUCAAUGACUGGCAAGUCACAAGAGACAGAAGGUAUGAACUUCUGCGUUACUCUGACGAUUCACUGUCCAUUCGUCUUUCCAAUAUAACAAGACACGAUGAAGGGCUGUUCAGAUGUCUUUACUACAGCGAUACCAUUGGAAGCAAACUAGUGAGCGUUACAGUUUGGGCUCCACCUUCCAAACCUUUAUUGGAAAUUUUGAGGACCCCAGAAAAACACACAGAAGAAAAUCUUGUCUUAAGGUGUUCCACUGAUGACAGCUGGCCUGCUCCUCAGAUCACCUGGCUGCUACAGAAUGGAGUGGAGAUCUUUGGAAAUGCUCAACACCAACUGAAAGCCAAGAGGUUCUGUUCCGUAAGCAACUUGACUAUCUAUGCAUUCCCCCAGGGCUCUAUCAUUUCUUGUGUAAUACACCACAAAGCCCUAAGAAGAAGAAAUUUAACUGUGACUUUGCACCUGGACCAUGCCAAAACAAACAUGACUUACAAAGGCUUUAUGGAGGGACAAGCCAUCUUUUUAUUCCCGGGCCUUGUGUCUAUGCUCCUUCUCGCUCUCUUCAUCGUGGUCCUUCUCUUUGUGGUGAAGCUGUGGAAAGCACAUAGGGACUGGAAAAAAGAAAAUAAUCCUUCUGAACAACCCAUUGAGAGUUACAGGCCUAAAGCAAACGAAGCCCCUUGCAGACUCAAGAAGAAUAUAUGCACAAUGCCCUGGAGGAUCAGUGAGAAGUAUGUAAUUCAAGAAUCGUCUACCCGGACGCCAAAACCUUCAGAAGAAAGUCAGGAUUCUUCAGUCUUUGAAAAAGAGUUCUCCCACUUUAAAGAAACGGAUAUGUAACACUAGGAACAAUCUUUCACUGUC